AUGGCUCCCGCCCCGCCAGACCCGUCUGCUCCAACGCACUCGCACCCUGACCAUAGUGAUGCCUCUCAAUCCCAACCCGCCACCCGAGUCCGUCGAAGAACGCGCAAACGAGAGGGCCCGCCUCAGCUACAAUUCCUCACCGCGACCGACCUUUCCCAAUUUAAAGAUGAGAAUGCGAAACGAAGCGUGCGGUCCCAGGCCAUGAUCCAGUACCGCUACAAGGCCGAUCAGCAGAAACGCAAAAGCAACAAGGACAACCCUCGCCCAGAAUCGGAGGAGACAUCACCCCAGAGUCAGACCUCCCCCGUCGACACCGCCAGCUCGAGUAGCAUCUCUCCCACCUCGACCCGACCGCCCCGUAAUGAUAGCUUCGAUAGCGCCACGAGCCUCGGGAGCAUUCCCAGCCAGCUCGCCGUCCCAACCUACAGCUUCAGCCACGGCCCAAUGAUGGCCGAGGGCUUCCACGACCAACACAUAUAUCCUUCCACCACCGAAGCAUGGCAGGGCGUCAUUCCUGACGAAGGCUUCUCGGAGGAUCCCUGGUUCCUGACACAACCUUCGCAAGCGCCCGUCGUCCCCGCAUAUCAUGACCGCUACAGCCGUGCGUUAUCCAUCCGCCCACUGAACACACCCGCAAGGCGAGUGCUCGAAUACCAGGAGACGCAGGAGCAUGAGGAAGCCCAUAUUCGCAUCAUCGUGUCCGAGUUCGCAAACUUCCGGCCCAUUGGUGACACCGUCGACCCGUUCACAGUGCUGCCCCAAUUCGCGAGUCCAGAGCUGAGUUCCGUCUACCUCGUCCGAACCUGCAAUCGCGCAUUCGUGUCCCGUGCCACCAUCGUAAAAUGGAUACCCGUCAUGCUCUCCAACCCGCAUCUACUCCUCAGCGCCAACAACAUCACCUCCACGUGGUUGGAUAUGCAUGCUGGCUGCUCUGGGGACAGUAAGCGCACGGCCUUGGUCAAGUCGGAGACUAUCGGUUGGAUCAAUGAGAGAUUGGGACACCCUGAGCAUCAAUUUUCGGAUGCGACUCUCAUGGUCAUACUUCACCUCUUAGCUGGCGAAAUGUGGUCGUCCAACGAGAAAACUCUACGGAUCCACCAAACUGGCAUUUCUAGGCUGAUCUCCCUUCGUGGAGGUCUAGAUUUGAUCAGUGCUAACGGUAGCGCUUUGGCAGAAGUGUCUACCUCCUGCGUAGUUCACGCCGACAUCAUCUGUGAAACGGAGCCCUUGGCCAUGUUCAAUAACUGGAAUCCGCCCGAGGUGGGCCCCCUCGACCAGGACACGCCCAUGCCCGAGUCCCCAUUAUAUUGUCCCCGAUCUGAACUUUUCACCCUGGCUCAGGAUCCCAGGUGCUCCGAACUUACCUACGGUAUCCUCUGCGACAUGCGCGAUCUGACCGACCUCGCCAUUGCGCACUACAGAGGACUUGAAUCAAUGCUUGCGGCGACGCAGACGAGUAGGGAUCGUGCAAGAAUGAUGGAAUUCGCAUCACAGUACGAUGCCAAGGUGGCCGAGAUCCAGGCCCGCCUCGCAGACUUGCCCUCUGCCCGCCAACCAGACCAGUCUGUGAGCAAUGAUUGGGUUUACGAGUCUUGCCGCAUUGCCGCUAUCAUUUAUGCUUCUGCCAUCAUAUCGAGGGUCCCUUUCUCGCAAGCUGCAGAUCCCGGCCGGGCCAUCGUUCUCUCCAAUGCCAACAUGGCCGCCAAUGGCCACCUGAUGCACCGGAGGCUCACGGAGGCCCUUUACGAAGUAGUGGAGAGGUCGAACAUGGAAUCGAUAUGGGGCAACAUGGCGGGCACUCUCUACUGGGUGACUGCCGUGGGGGCAGCAGCUGGUCGUACUCGGCUUACUAUCAACAUUGCUCAGACACCUUCGCGGACUCAAGCUUAUGCAGCGUGGAUACGCAGAUGUUUGAUUAUGUUUGCUACACGAGUCAUGUUACUGCUCAUUUUCGAACAUCCUCGAUCGAUCCUGUUGGCACAGAAGAGACUGGUCAAGAUCCAGGAGAUCAUUGCGGGCGGCGCCACCAACUCGAGACUGUUAGCAACCUGA